AUGUCGACGAUAAACAUGGAUGAUUCGAAUGAUUCAUCGCUGUUUCAUUUCGAGAUGCCCAGAUUCCUGACGAUCGUUGAAAAAUUGGCGGAUGAGGAGGGGGUGCCGAAUCUCGUUCAAGAGGAGAUCGACUACAUUCGUGUGGCGAUGUCAUUCCUCAAAACGCGCGUCAAUCUCGCCGAUGAGCAUAAUCAGCUGCUCGAGGAGCAGGCAUUGAACCUAAGCGAUCUCAAAAUAGCGACGCCGUCGGAGGGCACCAGCGAUGACGAGCUUGUUGAAGACACCGCCGAGACAACGGCCGAACUGAGCAACUCGACGCUAAGCAACGCGAUGAGGGCGCACAAUGUGCCGAAAGUCGAAUUUGACAGUUUUAUUACGAACGAAAAAAAUUAUCUUCUCAUCGAGAAAAAAGAGUUCAAGUUUCGCCAAGAGGUCGACGAGAUGCUUCAAUAUCCGCUUGGAGUGGUCUAUGAUGAAAUUGUGAAGACAUGGUUCAUCGCGGAAAAUAAAUUGAACAAGAUCAUGCUGGUUUCCGAUGCUGACGGCGUUGAUGUUAUCGAAAUGCCCGAAGUUUACGACGGCCCAUCGGCGUUAUGUAUUAAUAAGGAAGGCGAAUCGAUUGCGAUUCUUUGCUCAACUCCAGCGCACACCUCAAUCGUCACCUAUAACUACGAACUCGGCCGAAUAUUGCCAUUUUUGAGCUCGAACGACGCGAAGCUGAAGUUAUCGCACGUGUGUCGCGGUCUCGCCAAAUCCAUCGGCGGCUCGAUGCUGACGCUCGACUCGCACGGCAAAGGACGCCUGCGAAUCCUUCGCAGCGGCAUGGAACACACCGAGGUGAUACCGAACGCGCGCAAUCCGAGCUUCAUCGCGAGUUGCCGCAAAAAGGUGGCCAUCACCGAUCUCGGCACACAAUCGGUCUACAUGUUCGUCGUCAACGAUUUGGACUGGGACGAGCAGACGCCGCCGCGCGUCGAGCUGAUCAGCCGAAUCGGAAUGGCCGGAAUGGUAGCGAACCAAUGCAUGAACGCGCCGGUGUUCUGCUAUGUCGCCGGAUGUCAGUUCGACGCCAAUGAGAAUGUGCUGAUCGGCGAUGCACGCGGACGGACCAUAAAGCUUUUCGAAUCGGACCUCUCCUAUAUUCAACGGCUUUCAUGCGACUUUUGCCUUCCGUACAUGUCAAACUUUUUCAUCAACAGCAAAGGAGAGGCGAGUAUGGUCAUAACUUGUAUCAAAGGAGACGAGAAGAUGUGCUUCGCGCAAUUGACGUGCUGCGAUUCGCUGCGAGUGUGGAUCGCACCAACCGAUGUUCGUCAUCCGCCGCCGCGUCGCGGCACAUUUGUCGCGCGCUACCGCGGCCGCUAUCGUCAUUAA